AUGAGUCGUACAACGAACAGUUCCAAACUGCUGGACGAGUCACGUGUAACACAGAAAGAGGCGCAAAACUACUGGGGAUUCGCUAAUUUUCCGAAUCAAGUGUUCCGCAGAGCCGUCAAAAAUGGCUUCGACUUCACGCUCAUGGUCGUGGGUAAGCUAGAAACUUAAAACUCCAACAUUCCACCUAAAAUUUGUUUUCCAGGACGCAGCGGUCUCGGCAAAUCAACGUUCAUCAACACUCUUUUUCUGGCCGAAAUCAACAAUUUGAACGAGAAGGACGCGGUCGCCCAUCCGCAUCCAUCGACGGUUCGCGUCGAGGAGAAGCUGGUCAAGUUGGUGGAAAACAGUGUUUCGCUGAACUUGACCCUUGUCGAUACGCCCGGCUUCGGAGACGCCGUCAACAAUUCAAAGUGGUCAGUUGAGGGGGGACAAAGCGAAUUAAUCAAAGUCAUGUGAACAGUUGUCUGCGGAGAGCGCUCUUCUACAGAAAUUCGAAUGUGCACGUGAUUUUUUGUCGGAGAACGAAAAACUGGGCUGAAAACAAAGAAAAUGCUCAAUUUUCAGCUGGGAGCCGAUAGUGAACUAUGUGGAGAGCAAGUUCUUUGAGCACUUCUGCGAGGAGACGCGAAUCGAUCGCGAGGAGAAGAUCGUGGACAAGUGCGUCCAUCUCUGUCUCUACUUUAUCGAGCCGUCGGGCCACGGACUGAAACCCAUCGACGUCGAGCUCAUGAAACAUCUGCACGGACGCGUCAACAUCGUUCCAGUGAUCGCCAAAGCGGACUGUCUGACGCGCGACGAGUUGUGCCGUUUCAAACAGCAAAUCGUGAAGGACGCGGAGGCGGCUGAGAUCAAAUUGUACAAAUUCCCAGAGGUAGAGGACAAUCAGGACAAGGCGUCGGCGGAAAAGCUUCGCAAAACGUUGCCCUUCGCUAUUAUCGGUUCAAAUUCGCUGAAGGAGAAGGACGGGAAGCGCAUCCGCUAUCGCGAGUAUCCGUGGGGCACUGUCGAGGUGGAAAACUGUGAGCAUAAUGAUUUCCUGACCCUCAGAGACAUGAUUAUCCGCACGAAUCUCAUUGAUAUGGUUGACGUGACGCGCAAUGUGCACUACGAAAACUUCCGAUUCAGACAGAUGGAGGGAUUGCCGAAGAAUGAGAAGAAUCGGUAGGAAACUUGUGCGUUAGACUGAAUAUACAUGGUUUUAAUGUUUUUCAGCGAUCCAUUCACGCAUCUUGAAGAGGAGAGAAGACAGAAAGAUCGGGAGUUGGCCGAGAAACGCGCCACGCUCGAGAGGGUGGGAUUUACCAAUCCUUUUCAAUGAUUUAUUUUGAAAUUUUGUAGGUGUUCAACGAGAAGACGACUUCGCGAAAGCAGCGGAACAACGAGCGGAUGACGGCGCUCGAGGAGCACGACCAGAUAAACAAGCAGAAGCUGGACGCGAAACGCGCCGAAAUUAUCCGUUUGCGACACGAGAUCAACGAGCUGCGCAACGGAAAUCUAACGAGCUCACAAACGUCGCUGGCGAUGUACAACGAGAAUUCGCAGAACUCGACGCUGAGCACGAGCAAGUCGAGCCCGCCGCCCACGCAGACCGCUUCGGGAACGAUGAAGAAGCGCAUCGGUACUCUGGGACUUUUCAAUCGCAAUUAG